GUGUAUGCUAAUGAUAAUAGAGGAGCAAUCCCCCAAGCACCCAGCGCUGAAUAAAGCAAAUGCCCGCUUCUCUGACUCUAUCUCAGAAGUGUCUCUAGGCUCAGUUUGGAGUGAUUCAGUAUCAUCGAACAACCUGACCCAUAGUUAUGACCUACAGGACAUAUUUUCUAUGCUGAAAACUUCUUCAAUCCACAAUUUGCUUUCUGAAUGCCUUCAAAGGAAGGAAAAGUUGUCUAACUGGGAGGAAAGUCACUAUGAGGAAAAAAUGUCUUUUCCUUUGCUUUAUACUUCUGGCUAUGAUAACAAACCAGGUAGUACAUGGGCAAAACAGAAAGAAAGGAAAGAAUAUUUACUCUCCCAUGCCAAAAGAUGAAGGUGAUAUGUGUCUCAUUGAUAUAGUCUUUAUCUUGGACAGUUCAGAAAGUGCCAAAAAUCAGUUGUUUGAUUUACAGAAGAAUUUUGUUGGAAACAUAACUGACAGCAUUUUUGAGAUGAAGCCAGUUAAGUCCCACAUGUAUAAUGUUAAACUAGCAGGUAUGCAGUUCAGCAGCACAGUCAGCAUUGAUCAUCCCUUUACAGCCUGGAAAAAUGUCCAGAAUUUUAAGCAGAAAAUCAAUUCUCUGGGCCUUAUUGGCCAUGGCACUUACUCCUAUUAUGCAGUUUCAAAUGCCACUCAGCUGUUUAAAACUGAAAGUCGUAAGAGAAGUGUAAAAGUGGCUUUUUUGAUGACUGAUGGUGUGGAUCAUCCGAACAGCCCUAAUGUACAGGGUAUAGCCACAACAGCCAGAAGUCUUGGAAUACAUUUUUUUACCAUUGGCCUUUCUAAGAAAACAGUCCAAGAAGGAAAAUUGCACAUGGUAUCUGGUGGUUCAUCCUCUAAACAUGUGCUAUCCCUGGAUGAUGAGAACCUGGUAGCUGAUGUAGCAUUGGAACUGGAAGCCUUGCUACAGAAGCAGUGUGUGCAGAAGAUCUGCGAGUGUGAAAAGGGAGUAAAAGGAGACAAAGGUGAUUCUGGCAGUGCUGGUGACAAAGGGGAGAAAGGUGACCCAGGACCAAAAGGAAACAAGGGUGAUGCUCAAAAAGGUGAUCAUGGAGAAAAAGGUGAAGAGGGAGCUCCUGGCUACAAGGGAGAAAAGGGUGAAAGGGGAGAAUGUGGACCCCCAGGAACAAAAGGAGAAAUAGGUCUGCAAGGCUCUGUGGGCCCUACGGGACCUCGGGGACCUCAGGGUAUCAGGGGAGAUCCAGGUCAGCAAGGCCCAAAAGGCAUUCAAGGCAAUAAGGGAGAACAAGGCCCUCCAGGUCCCUAUGGUCCUCCAGGACUCCCUGGCAUUGGAGAGCCAGGACCCAAGGGUGCUGAAGGUCGAGAAGGUACAAUUGGAUUGCCAGGACCUCCUGGAAUUGGUGAGCCGGGAAUACCUGGACCACCUGGCCCUGCUGGUUCACCAGGUGAGAGAGGUCUGCCAGGAGAGGGCAUUCAAGGCCAAAAGGGUGAAAAAGGCUCUACAGGUAAAGAUGGUGAUCCUGGACCAAAAGGUGAACCAGUGAAAGGUGACAAGGGUGAACAAGGCCAAGUAGGACCACAGGGCCCACCAGGAGCACCAGGAAUAGGCAGUCAAGGAAGCCGGGGUAUACAGGGUCCACGAGGAAACCCUGGGGCAAAAGGCUCUCAAGGUUCUGGUCGGCCAGGACCAAAGGGUGAACCAGGUGAACCUGGACAAAAAGGAGAAGUGGGACUUCCAGGAAUUAGCUCACCAGGAGUCAAAGGAGAUACAGGUCUACCAGGAUCCGCAGGAGAGAAGGGGGUGAAGGGAGAGAUGGGGUUGACAGGGAAAAAGGGGGAAAAGGGAGAUGAAGGUCCAAAAGGCUCAGAAGGACCGCCUGGCAAAGGAGCCAUAGGCCAAAAGGGUGACCCUGGAGGAAAAGGCUCCAAAGGAGAGAUUGGUCCUACAGGACCAAAAGGCCUAGCUGGACCAAAAGGUGAUCCCGGAGAGAGAGGACCUCCUGGUGCAACUGGGUCAUCUAUUCAGGGACCUCCUGGACCAAAGGGGGAUCCAGGACACAAGGGACCACCAGGAGAUGAUGGACUUCCUGGAAAUUCAAUAAUGGGACCAACGGGGGACCAAGGACCACCUGGACCACCUGGAUCCCGUGGAGCGAAAGGUGACAAAGGUGGCAGAGGUGAAGCUGGACCUCCAGGACCAGCAGGCCCUACAGGACCAGCAGGCCCAAGAGGCAUGGGAGAUGCUGGAGCAAAGGGAGACCAUGGAAAUCCAGGCCCUCCUGGGCCCCCGGGGCCACCAGGAGUGGGAACCAUGGGUCCCAAGGGUAUUAUGGGACGUAAUGGCUUCCCUGGCCCACCUGGCCCCCCUGGUGCCAGCAUACAAGGAGACAAGGGAGAAAAAGGAAAUAAAGGUUUUCCUGGACUAAAAGGAUCAUUAGGACUUGGCCUUCCUGGACAAAAGGGAGACUAUGGAGAUAAAGGUGAUCCAGGGAGCAAAGGUGCCAAAGGAGAGAUUGGAGACCCAGGACCUCCAGGGCCAAAGGGAAGUGGGGGAAGAAAAGGUGAAGCUGGUCUUUCAAGAGAUGAUGUUAUCAGACUUAUCAACGAAAUAUGUGGUUGUGGUAUCAAAUGUAGAGUAAUACCACUGGAACUAGUAUUCGUCAUUGACAGUUCAGAAAGUGUUGGACCGGAUAACUUCAAUAUUAUCAAAACCUUUAUGAAAACAUUCAUUGACAAGGUUUCAGCCAACCACGCUACAACCCGCAUUGGCAUCAUCAACUUCAGCCACAAAGUGGACCUGGUGUCUUCUCUGAACCAAUACACAAGCAAAGACUAUCUGAAAGCAGCUGUUGACAAGAUGCCCUACUUAGGAGAAGGUACAUACACAGCUUCAGCUAUCCAAGAAGCCAUUCGCUUAUUCCAGGCAGCACGCCCAGCAGUAAGGAAGGUGGCUGUUGUAAUAACGGAUGGACAAGCGGACAGUCGUGAUAAAGUACGACUGGAUACUGUAGUAAGAGAUGCCCAUGCUACGGAUAUUGAGAUAUUUGUCAUUGGGAUUGUUCAAAGGACUGAUCCUCAUUAUGAGGAUUUCCUGAAAGAAAUGCAGCUCAUUGCAACAGACCCUGAUGACGAACAUGUUUACCAGAUAGAUGACUUCAUAACACUUUCAGCUCUUGAAAAUAAACUGAUCACAAAAAUCUGUGAGAAUGAGUCUUCAAUCUACACCAGAAAUUACAGUGUGUUAUCUCCAUCUCCAAGUCUGGAAUCUGAAAUUCCCAGGGAAGAUGCUAAUGGCCAGUUACCUAAAAUGACUACUUCCGAGACUGAUACGCUUCGUACCGAAGGAAUUGGUUCCCCACAUAGUCCAUCACAAUCCAGAUACACUGAACCUCUGCCAUCUGCUCAGGACCACACUGUGACCACCUCUGCUCACAGAGAAUCGAUACUUCCCCCAGUUUAUAACAUGUCUGAAAUCAGACCCCUGAGUCCAGUUGUCAAUCCUUUGUUUGGUGGAACUGCUGCUGAAGAUCACCAGCCAGCUGUGUUGCAAACACAGGUAGCAACAACCCAAAAAAAUCCAAGGUGCUUGGAACCUAUGAAACCAGGGGAUUGUUGGGACUACGUGGUGAAAUGGUAUUAUGACAAGAAUGGCAAUUCUUGUGGCCAGUUCUGGUAUGGAGGUUGUAAUGGUACCAACAACAGAUUUGAAACAGAAAAAGAAUGUCGAGAAACCUGUGUUGAUUGAUUAAUAAAAAUUACUUCUAUUGGGAACUUUUGAAGCUGGAAGUUCAUGUGUUCUGAGGAAGAACUGGCUGAGAAGAAUCCAAAAUGAUGUGUUAACAUGAAGUUAUUGCUGCUGCACUUUAUUGCUUUCCCCAUUAUGGUCUGCACGUUAACCAGAUUCCCGUAUAAUGUACGCUGUCUGCAACACCAUAGCAAUAACUUGGGAUCACACAUACAGACACACCUUUUCCCUCCAGAUUUACAGUAACUUGAUACUACUUCACAUGGCAAUAAUGAAAUUCUAUUUUUCAGAUUAAAAUGUCAAAACUGUUUACAUUUUAUUCUUAAUGAUAGAGGUCUCUUAGUCUCAUGGAAGAAUAAAAUAUGCUCUAGUUUUAAACAAUAGUAAGUGGUUCCUGAAAUUAGCACUCUUAAUACAGCAUUUAGAGACAUAAAUAAAGAUUUCUAUUAAUUAGAGUUCCUCUUUGGAAUGUAAGUAACACAGCUAUAGGUGAUUAGAUAGGGGUUUUGUCCGUUAGUAAAGCACACUUAGAUUAACAUCCAAAACACACAUUAAAAACAGGAUUCUUCAUGUCCUUUAGGCUAGCCAGUACAUUUCAAUUUCUCAGGGCCUCUGGGUUAAAAAAAAAGAAAAAUUUAUUGCACUCUAAUAUAUGCUACUAAACCAAAAAAGGGAAAACCACUGAAAGAUGUAUAAUAAUGUUUACCCAUAUCCUUUCUGUUUUUAGCCAUAAUCCUAUAUAAGCACGUUGUUAAAACUGAAAAUGACAAACAUAUGAUUAAAACGGAAAUUAAUACCUGA